AUGGACCAAAACACCACAGUCACUCGUCUAGAGCUUGCUGCAAAGAGACUGCUGAAUAAUGAGCCUGCAGCUAUCCAUGCCCUGGACGAAAUCCCAAGGGAACUCUUUGUUCCAUUGUUCAAAGCUUCCUUCUUGGGUGGGCAUAAGACGAUGCUAAAGGCAAUGGUGAACGUUUGGCCUUUUCGCUGUCUCCAUAUUGGGUCAUUGAACACACGAGACGCAUACUGUGACAUCUUGGAAGCCAUUAUUGAUGGUCUGCAGAUUCCCCCUGCCCAGAACUCUUCCUCUUGGGGACCCAAACUGAGGAUCCUAGAUUUAAGGAGUGACCUGGACUGUGAGACAAUAUGCACUGAGAUUGGGACCGCAUUCCCUUUCUGUUUUCAGUCAUGCAUUUACUCUCAGCACUCUAUCCUUAAGAUAGAAGAAGCUCAGCAUAGUGUCAGGUGCCUCGGGAUUGGUAAUUCCGUGUCUGAGCCUCAGUUAGCACAGGAACCCAUGGAAUUACUAGUGGAUAUUUCCCUCAAUAGUACCUUGAGAACAGAGCAAUUCCUCUCUUUCCUUUGUAGUAAAGUUCAGCAGAACUUUGGGUCCUUGCACCUCUGCUGCAGAGAUUUGCAAAUUGAUAGAAUGUCGGCCCACAAAAAUAUCCUGCACUUUCUGGAUCUGGGGUGCAUUGAUCACCUGGAAAUAGAUCAGGCUAAUCUGGGUGAAGUCAUCACCCUUUUGCCUCGGGUGAUCCACCUGAACAGCCUUACUCUGUGUUACAUCCUCUUUAAAUCUUAUAAGAGAAGGAAAAUCAGAUCAUUUAUCCUCUGCCUUCGGCGGCUGGACAAUCUCCAGGAGCUCAGCUUGUCUUUCUUCUGCUUCACAGAUCAACUGCACAAACUGCUCAGCAUAGGGACUGCUGGGCGAUUGAACCUAGCCGGGGGAGAGAGGGGUACCUUAUGUCUCAGUAACAACCAGAUCUUCUCAGAAGUUUAUGAGCUCUUCCAGACUCUGCUGGAGAAGGUCUCAAGCACCCUGCAACAUCUGGAGGUAAAUAAUUGUACGAUAACUGAUUCUACUCUCUCUGCCGUCCUCCCAGCCCUGAGCCACUGUACCAACCUCCGUGUCCUUACCUUUGCCUUCAAUCCCAUUACGAUGCCUGUGUUCAAGAGCCUUCUGCAGCACUUGACACCCUUGAUGAAGCUGAAGUAUGUGACUUAUCCUGUCCCUGUCCAUUGCUACGAGGAAUGGAAUUUUCCUGACACUUUGGACCGACAGAAACUUGCUGAAGUUCAGGCUCAGUUGGAGGAGAUGCUGCACGGGGCACAGCGGGAUGACAUGAACUGGGGCACUUGUUCAGAGUGA